GAAAACAGAAUGUGACAGUGAGGACUGGGUCACCCAAGGCUGCAUAUCGGGUGGGCAUUCUGGAGUGGCUAGGCAAUGGUCAGGUGGGAGUGACGAUAUUGAUGACAUUACAUUGUGACAAUAUUAACAGUUGCAGGAACCCCAAGUUGUUGUUGAACCUGGUGGGACUAUGUGACGUCAGAAGAGGAAGAGGCCGGACUGAAAGGUGCAGGAAUGUGUUUUCUAGGACAUAUGCCAAUUACCACAAACCACAGAGGAUACCUCUCCAUUCAACAGCAUAGUCUAUUGGAGCUCCAUGUCAUCUUGGUUUCCCAUGCUAACUGUCCUGAGUAUGUUUUACUAUAUAUGCCUCAGGCGCCGGGCCCGGUUAACUAGUAGGGGGGAAAUGCUCAACAGCCGUAGAGCUAUUGAAUCAAACAGCCGUGCUCUGCCUAUGUCCACUGAAGCUGUGCAGUAUGCCAAAGAAGUGUUGGAUUUCAGCUCCCACUAUGGAAGUGAAAACAGCAUGUCAUACACCAUGUGGAACUUAGCGGGCUCCCCCAAUGUGUAUCCAAGUUCAGGGGAUUUCACUCAGACUGCCGUGUUUAGGGCAUACGGAAACUGGUGGACAAAAUGUCCCAGUACCCCUCUACCAUUUAAAAGGAUAUCACCAAACUUCGUCAGUAAUGAUUACAUAGAGCUUGCCUUUGAGGAGCCUGUCUAUCCCACAGCUAUUCACAUUUUAGAAACAUAUCACCCUGGAUCAGUGGUAAAGAUUCUUGCUUGUUCUGCAAACCCCUAUUCCCAAAGUCCUCCUGCAGAAGUGAGAUGGGAAACUAUUUGGGCUGGAGAACCUACCCAUGUAAACUCGCCCCAGGCUCGCCAGUUUACACCAUGCAUAAAGGAAAUUAGCUUCCCAACAAAUUUGAUUCGUCUUGAAACAAACAGUUCUCUUCUGGAUUAUUACACAGAGUUGGAUGCGGUAGAAUUACAUGGGGUGAAGGAAAGGCCAUUGCUGUCUCUAAAAACCACAGCAAUUGAUAUGAACGAUCUAGAUGAGGAUGAGGAUAAGGACAGCUGUGGAAUAGACUGUCUUUCCAGUCAAUUCAGCAGCACUGGUCUACGGGAAUGGACAAGUAAUGGCUACUUUGACAAAUUGCCUUAUGAGCUGAUUCAAUUAAUUAUAAGCCACCUACCCCUUCCAGACCUAUGUCGGCUAGCACAGACUUGCAAGCUCCUUUAUCAGCAUUGCUGUGAUCCUCUUCAAUACAUUCAUCUAAGUUUACAACCUUACUGGGCCAAUCUGAAUGACACCACUUUGGAGUAUCUGCUGCCACGAUGCACCCUUGUUCAGUGGUUGAAUUUAUCGUGGACUGGAAACAGGGGUUUUAUCUCUACCUCAGGAUUCAGAAGACUCUUAAAAGUGUGUGGUUCUGAACUAUUACGCCUGGAGUUGGCCUGUGGCCACUUCUUAAAUGAAGCAUGUCUGGAAGUCAUUGCUGAGAUGUGCCCAAACCUUCAGGAAUUAAAUCUCUCUUCUUGUGAUAAGCUGCCACCUCAGGCUUUCAGCCAUAUUUCUAAACUCUGUCGAUUAAAACGCCUUGUUCUGUAUCGAACAAAAAUUGAGCAAACGGCUCUACUUAGCAUUCUUAACUUCUGUCCAGAAAUACAGCACCUUAACCUUGGCAGCUGUGUCUUGAUUGAAGAUUAUGAUCUAGUUUCCAGUGUUAUAGGUGCCAAGUGCAGGAAACUACGAUCAUUGGACUUGUGGAGAUGUAAAAACAUUACUGAAAAGGGAAUUGCAGAAUUAGUAUCCGGCUGCCAGCUUCUUGAAGAACUUGACCUUGGUUGGUGUCCUACAUUACAGAGUGGAGCUGGUUGUUUUGUAAAUCUUGCCCGUAAGCUUCCAAACCUACGAAAGCUCUUCCUCACUGCAAAUAGGUCUGUGUGUGACACAGACAUUGAAGAAUUAGCUGCAAACUGUCAACAUCUUCAACAGCUAGAUAUUUUAGGUACAAGAAUGGUGAGUGCAGCAUCUUUGCGCAAGUUAAUGGAAUGUUGUAAAGAACUUUCUUUGUUGGAUGUGUCCUUCUGUUCUCAAAUUGACAGCAGAAUUGUUCAAGAACUUAACUCCAAAUUUCCGAAUGUGUCCAUAAAGAAGAGUUUCACUCAAUAGAAAACAAAUUGCAGCUCUUGACAUUUUUUUUUAUUUUUUUUUUAAAUGAAUCCUUAAACAUUUAUUUUUUUCUUAACGUUUUUUUCUGAUCUUAGUCUUUCCCUUAAAACUGGUGAUGUUCCCUUAUAUUUUUUAAUAGCUCGUUAUACCUAAAACUCUUUUCUGCUUAUGGAAAAACUAUUUCAUCAAGAUAUUUAUUUUGUUGUUUUAACCAAGGAAAAUAUUUAUUUUGUCUGAACCUAAUUUAUUAGGCACAAGAACACCAAAAAAAUGUUUUUUAUUAUUUAGUAGUGGUUUGUUUUUUAAACUAUUGUUUUUUACUUGAAAGUAUGGAAGAUAAAAUAUGCAAGUAAGAUCAUUCUUGCCUUCUUUUUAAAAGCUGAGCAGUGAUAAUACAAUAGCUCUCAAAUGCACUUGUACACGCUUGCAGUAGUUCUGUAGUUAAGUCUUGGAUUUCAAAUAAGUCAUUUUUAAGAAACUAUAGAAAAAACAGCCUUAUACUUUAUAAUGAAGGUGGUGAGUAAGGUUUCUUAAUGAGUACAAAACAAUUAAGUGAAAUGUAAAGAUAAUUUAUGUAAUUAAUUGUUGAUAAAUUACUACUACUGCAAUUUUUUUUGUCUCUUAAAAAUAGCUUUAAUAUAGGCUUACAAACAUAUGCUAGUAUUCUUCAUAAUAUAAACUGUUUAAAACAAGUGAGAGCCUCAGGUCUGACUCCUUCCUUAAUGGUCUACCACUUGAGUAGUCUCUGACUUUACUUUUAUAUUCCUAGAGGAAAGAUUUCAGUCAUAAGCAGAAAGUGAGAUAUUAGAUCAUCUCCAUUGAAAGUGUUAGCAAAUGGUUUAGGACUUUUAAUGCUAGUGUAACCUGUGCAAUAUAAACCUCUUGUCCUAUUAAGAUGGUGAGAUAGAUUGUCUUACCACUCACAGUAAGUGAAAUGUAUAUUAGCCUAUACAAGUGCACAAAAAUGGCUGCUGCAAAUUUGAAUUAGCUUCACUGAGUAUGGUGAGUCCUGGAGGCUUUUGCAUUGACGUUUUUAGUUUUUCUGCUGUGCUUUGCAUUUCUCCUACUUUCUACUUUAUAUAUGAUCAGGUAACUUGUACCAUUAAACUUCCUUCAUACAGCAAGAAGAUUUGAUGACAAAUGUACAAUAUGUUAAGGAUUGGACUAAGUGACUUUCUGUGCCCAACUGCCCACAUAUUCUAAGCUUGCUUUAUAGACUUAUGAGAGGAGCCUGUUUCUCUUUUACACCUCUUCAAUAGUACUCUGUAUGCCCAUGUCAUAUUACAUAAACAAGUGAAGUUUCAAAUUUAACAAAAAUGGGCACCAAAUAAUUAUUAAAUCAACAACCUCCAAAAUCAGUAUCCACACUUUGUGUGUGAUUUUAGCCAUAUGCUAGCCCAUGCUUCUUCAGGAUCCCAGGCUUUCAGAAUUAUUAUUUAGUGAAUGAGUAUUUUUGUGAAAAUAACAAAGCCUCUGAUAGCAUUUCAUAUUUGGAACCCUUCAAGAUAUGAACACAAUAGGCACUUCUGUGUGGGUUAUUUAAAAAAAAUACUUUAUGCAAUGAAAACUUUCACUUGCAGAAUGUUGAAGAAUGAUGGUUAAUUUACAGUAACUAAAGAAUUGGGGCUUAGGAGACAGCAUGCACUAUUCGUAAAGUUUUCACAAACAUCAUUCUUUGCUAUAAAAUUUGUGUUAUUUGAAAGAAUAAAUAUUUUGUCUUAUUUGAUUUAGCCUUGUUAAUAGCAGUGUGAUCACAUAGGCCUAUUUAAAGAGAUAGGAAAGUCAGAAUUAAACUUGCAUGAUUCAGAUAGAGCAUGUAGUUUUAAGACACUUUUAAAUGCACUUCUAUUUUCAAAUGUGCUUCGUUCUCUUUGUAUGCGUUGUUGAAAAAUAAUACGCACAUAUCAUACACUAGUGGGGGUUAGCUGCUGAUUGGUGCCUGCACACAUUUGUCUCUUGUGAUUGGCUAACUAGAUGUGUUCAGCUAGAUAUCAGCAGUGCACUACUGUUCAUGCAGCAAUGGAUAACAAGAGAAUUAAGCAAAUUUAAUGAUAAAAGGGAAUUGGAAAGUUGUUUGAAUUUGUAUGUUCUAUCUUAAUCAUGAAAUAAACUUUUGGGGUUAAUAAUGUAUUUUACAACAGAACAAUUACUCCUUGUUCUCAUUAAAGAGAUAGGAUAGCAACAGUAUUAAAAUGAACUAGUUGUCUGAGGUUUCAUGCAUCAAGACGAGACAUUUUUACUGUGCUUUUUGUAAAAAUAAUAUUUCUAUUGACACACUAAUAAAUUAUGCAGUUCUUUGAUAUAUUUAUUUCAGUGUUUCACAAACUAAUAUUACAGUUUAUUAUAAAUAAUAUGGAAGGAAUAUUUAAUUUUAGCAGACCUUGAUUAAGAGGGCCUCAUAAGAUACAUAGAAUAUUAUGCUAGGUAAAUCUUUUCAGCUACAUUCUUACUGCUGGGAUACUAAUAUAUUGUAUAUAAUUCAGUCAUUCAUAUUAUUCAGCACUUAAAUCCUGGAAUUACAUUGAAGAAAAAAAAAACAAGCAAUCUCCUUGGAGGUUUUUCUGAAGACUUUUCUUCACCAGUGGGUAAUUUACAACAACCUGUUUCAAGGAGACAUAUAUGUUCCUCUGUGAUACAUAAAAAACAUUGCAUUUUUUACCCAUAAGUUUUUUUGUAAACUGCAUAGAUUGCUCAAAUAGUUAUGACUAUAAAGUUAUGAGACUGCAAAAAUGUAUUAAGUGUUUAACAUUGUCAUUAUAUUAGUAAUUAGUUUUUUGUUGUCUUUUUGCAGUCCAUUGACACAAUGUCUCUGAAAAAUUCUCAAAUAUAUUUUCUUUUGUGUUAUGAUUUAGGAGAAGAUAUAAAUUAGUUCCUGCACUUCAAAAAUAAAUAAAUAGCUGUGUAGAUUGUUUUAGGGUCAAGAUUCUGAUCAAGAUUCUGAAGCCUCCAUUAUGCACUCGUUUAUUUUGUUGUUGUAUCUAUUAUUAGAAGAAAAACAGAAAAUAUUGAAAAUACA